AAAAGGGGGGGUAUUUUGGGUAUAUAACUCGUUGAGGUAUGUUUUGAACUCGGUUGACUUUGAAUAGCAUUUCAACGGUACAAGAGUGAUUUACUCUUUCCAUCAGAGAAAAAGCAAAAGCUGUACUAUAAUUGUAAUCUGAUUCAGAGAUCACCCGCAAAAUUCUUGAAGCAUUCCUUGCUUUCCAGUUCCCAUAGUAUGGAGCAGAAGGUAGUUGAAGCUGUCCUUGGUGCUGCUGUGCAGUUGACACUAUCAAAGGCAAUGUUACAAGAUGCAGAGGAAAAGCACGUUCGAGAUGGGGCUGUCAGACUGUGGCUGGAGGAGCUUAGAGAUGUUGCUCAUGAGGUUGAUGACGUACUGGACGAGUUUGCUUAUGAAAAUCUCCGGAUGAAGGUAAAAAUUCAGAAUCAAAUUAGUAGAAAGCUCUGCAAUCCCUUUUCACCUACCUUCCCUGUGUCAUAUCGUUUCAAGAUGGCUAAUAAAAUUAAAAAUAUUAGUAUAUCCCUCAGAAACAUUAAUGACCAGGCCACUCAAUUUGGACUCCAAAGGAGAGUUGGAGACAUGGCUCUUGUACCUAGAGGAAACCAAGAGACCCACUCCUUACUUGGUGAUUCAUCACAUGUUGUAGGCAGGGGAGAUGAUGUCUCGAAAAUUAUUGACUUGUUGAUUAGAUCCGAUAGUCAACAAACUCUCUCUGUUAUAUCUCUAGUGGGUAUGGCAGGCCUUGGGAAGACUACUUUAGCAAAAGUAGUAUGCAACAAUGAGCCAAUACAAGAUCAUUUUGGUAAAAUUAUGUGGGUUUGUGUGUCUGAUGAUUUUGAUGUCGAAAGAAUUUUAGUGGAGAUGCUAGAGUCUCUUACCAAAAACCCUUGUGCAAUUAAAAAUAAGGAUACGGUGCUUCGAAGAAUACAAGAAGAAUUAGGAGGGGAAAGAUAUCUUCUCAUAUUUGAUGAUGUUUGGAAUGAAAAUACUGAAAAGUGGGAAGAUUUAAAAGGUUGUCUGUUGGGAAUAAGUAGGAAUAUAGGGAGUAAAAUUAUUGUGACAACUCGUAGUGAUAAUGUGGCAUUGGUAAUGGGAACCAUUCCUGAACGUAGGCAUCAUCCUAGGAAAUUAGUGGAUGAUGAAUGCUGGUCCAUAAUCAAAGAAAAAGUAUUUGGAAGCGCUUCAAUACCACCAGAAUUGGAGGUUAUUGGAAAGGAUAUUGCUAAGAAGUGUAGAGGUGUGCCAUUGGUCGCAAGGGUUAUAGGAGGGACUAUGAGCAAUAAAAGGGACAAAGAAGAGUGGUUGUCAAUUAAACGUUGUAAUAUUUGGGAUUCACUCGAGAGGAACAACAGUAUUUUGCAUGUGCUAAAAUUAAGUUUUGAUCGCUUGCCUUCACCAUCUUUGAAGCGGUGUUUUGCAUAUUGUUCAAAUUUUCCCAAGGAUUUUUGCAUUGAGCGGGAGCAAUUAAUUCAGUUCUGGAUGGCCGAAGGAUUUCUUCAUCCCUCUGAGGAAGAAGGUCAUAUGACCAUGGAAGAUAUUGGUAAUAUGCACUUUAAAGCACUCUUAUCAAAUUCCUUGUUCCAAGAUGUGGAAAGGGAUGCCUAUGGGAACGUUCAAGUUUUUAAGAUGCAUGAUUUAGUGCAUGAUCUUGCAGUGUUUGUUUCAAAAGAAGAAACCAUGGUUUUGGAUACUGACUCUAUGCGUGAUACUUCUCAUGUUCGGCAUAUGAGAGUCACCUUUAACGGGGAAGUGGUGCCAACCCUUUUAAGACAUGCGGCCCCAAAGUUGCACUCUUUGUUUUUGAAGGUUGAUGUUUUUAGCAUGUUUUCAGGGGAUCUCAAAAGCUUACGGACUCUAAAUUUAUCUGGAGCCUGCAUAGAAAAGUUGCCAGCUUCUCUGGGCAAAUUAAAGCAUUUAAGGUUCCUUGACAUCUCAAGAACUAAUAUCACAGAGCUACCAAAGUCCUUUACUCGGCUCUAUAAUCUGCAAACCUUGAGACUUGUAAAGUGUUCUCUUGAGAAGCUUCCUAAAGGAAUGAAAAAUCUAGUUAGCUUGAGGCAUAUCUAUUUUGAUCUUGAAAAGUUAAUGCCAGUUGAUAUCGGACACUUAGCUUGUCUUCAAACAUUGCCAUUCUUUUUUGUGAACAUGGAAAAGGGAUGCCGAGUAGAAGAACUCAGAUGCUUAAGCCAACUUAGAGGAAAAUUGAAGAUAUGUAACCUUGAAGAUGUAAAAGACAAUGCAGAAGCCACUAGAGCAAACAUGCAAGCAAAGACCAAAUUAUACAAGCUGAAAUUGAAAUGGAGCUACAAAAGAAAAGGCUACAUCAAUGAUAAGGAAGUGCUGGAAGGCCUCAAGCCUUGCUCAAAUCUGAAAAGUUUAACCAUUGUGAAUUACUGGGGGGAUGACUUGCCAUCGUGGAUGUUGAGGAGAGGCUAUGGUUCUGAUCACACAUUUCCACUCAACAAUUUGGUGAAGCUAAAAUUAAUCAAUUGCAAGGAAUGCCUAAAUGUUCCGUCUCUCGGGGAAUUGUGCAAUCUGAGGGUGCUUGAAAUAGAUGAAAUGAAGAAGGUGAAUAGGAUAGGUUGUGAAUUUUAUUUCAAUGGCACCCACGAUAAGAAAUACAGGACAAGUAGUAGUCAGGGUCAGGGUGAGGCGACCAAAUUGUUUCCAGCUUUGAGAAGAUUUGUCUUAGUGGAAAUGGAAAGCCUAGAGGAAUGGUCCGACGAUAUGGAUCCAGCAAUGAUAGAAAGAGAAGGUGUGGUUGUGUUUCCUUGUCUUGAGGAGUUGAUUAUUUCUGGCUGCCCGAAGUUGAAAAGUGCUCCAAUACAGAGAAAACUUUCAUCUCUUCAGGUCCUCCAAGUUUCCUAUUGUGGUGAAAUAAGUACUUUAGGGGAUGGACUAUCUGCCUCAUCUUGUCUUAAAGAAUUACAUAUUCAAGCUUGUCCAAAUUUAAGAUCUAUCCCUACAAUAAAUGGGCUCUCCAUGUGUCUGAAAGAAUUAAGAAUAUGGGACUGUCCUAAUUUGAGAUCUAUACCUAGUAUAGAAGGCUUCUCCUCACUUACAGAUCUAACAAUCAAGGAUUGUGAAGGAUUAUCAUGUCUACCUAAUGGGUUAGAAUCUUGUACUUCUCUUGAAAAUUUGAAUAUACACAACUGCCCCAAUCUGAGCUCUGUUUCACAAGAUCUAGGGGAAUUGCGUUCUCUUAUAUUUUUAUCAAUAACAUCUUGUCGAAAAUUGACUUGCCUUCCUGGAGAGAUCCUAGGUUGCCUCACCAACCUGAAGACAUUGCAUAUUGGUGGUUUCUCAGAACAGCUGGAGGAGUUCCCAGGGCUUAGUUCAAUCCAGCAUCUUCAUGCAUCCCUCAAGUAUUUGGAAUUAUAUGGAUGGAAAAAUCUAAAGUGUCUACCAUAUCAGCUUCAACACCUCGCUGCCCUCAAGUCUUUUGAAAUGUGGAACUUCAAUGGAGUUGAAGUGUUGCCGGAGUGGUUGGGAAACUUCUCCUCUCUUCAACGGCUUCAAAUUUGGAAUUGUAACAAUUUGACGCAUAUGCCCUCUUUGGAAGCCAUGCAACAGCUCUCUGAAUUACAGAGACUUGAAAUUAACAAGUGUCUCCAAUUAAAGGAGAAUUGCGCCAAGGAGAGUGGCUCUGAAUGGCCCAAGAUUUCCCACCUUCCAAACAUACGAAUAGAGGGUCGGUGCAUUCAGCACUGACAGUUUCAAAUUUCAUGUUAUUGUGAAAAUCAAGGGUAAUCAUUCAAUUUUUUUCCUACAUAUUUAGUUAUUAAUUGUUCGAUAUACAAAGAGAGAGAUGCAUCAAGCAGGAUACUUAUCAUAUCAAACUAUUUUUUUCUUUUACUUGAUCAAAAAUAUUGUUUGAUACGAUAAGUAUCCUCCUUCACGCAUAUCUCGCUUCGUAUCAGCUUUGUGUAUUCUUAUUCCUUUUCAUAUGUAUCAGUUGAAAUUUUUGCUUUCAAUGAUUUAUUACUAGAAUUAUCAUGCAUUACAUGGUUUAUAAUUAUCCACAGGUUACUUUAGACUUACACCUAAAAUCCAUUGUUAAAUUUUCAAAAUUCUAAUCUAUGCAUACGUUUUCUUAGCAUAAGGUAAUGAAUGUCAUCUACUUUACCUUGAUAUUAUCCUAUUUUGGGUUUCUUGUUUGUAAGAUUUUCUGCUUGUGGUUGCUGUGAAUCACUGACUUCUUUUAUGUACUUCAAUUUCCACGCUUUCAACCAAUUAUAUAUGCUUUCUAUGUACUAUUGGCAAAUGAAGCAUACAAUGUGUUCCUAAUUAAAUCCAUAUAUCAGUCAUUAUUUACACAA